CAAGCAAUUCAACUUUUAACUAGCAAAGACAACUAUACUUUUCCUCUCCAUUCUCAUAAUAACUCUCCACCAUCACUACCUACUCCAUACAAGAGCCUUUUAUUAAUUCAUAUACAAAAAAAAAUUAAAAUUAAAUGGGGAUUAGGAAAUCAAAGAAACUUGCAGUGGUGCAGACAGCGAUGAUGAAGCAGAUUCUGAAGAAGUUGGGGAAGAAACACGGCUACGACGAAGAAGGUCUACCGAUAGAUGUGCCGAAAGGGCACUUUGCGGUGUACGUGGGAGAGAACAGAACGAGGUACAUCGUCCCAAUCUCCUUCUUGGCGGAACCCGAAUUCCAAAUCCUACUGCAUGCUGCAGAGGAGGAAUUCGGGUUCGACCACGACAUGGGACUUACCAUUCCUUGCGACGAGUACGUGUUCGAAAGUCUAACCUCGGCCCUUGUUCGGUAGUUAAUUAAUUAGUUGAUUAAUUGCCGAUUAAGAAGGUGAUGAUCAUCAAUUAGCUAGCUUUGUUGGAUGACUUUUGGAUCAUGGAGGUGAAGCUAAUUAACGCCGGCCGGCCAGGACGUGAAACGACGUCGUACAACCACAUGCAUGCGCCUACGUACCUUCUACGUGACAUUUAUGUAUGGAGCGAUGAUGGCUACUUAAUACUCCAUUAGUUAAUUUAUAUAUUGUAAUCUAGCUUAAGGGGAGAUUACCAUAUUUAAUUAAUUAAAUUUAUAAAAAAAAAAUAUCAAAAAGAAGAGAGGCUAGGCUAUGAGUACCCUUUAAUUAAUUCCUUGCAGUGGUGAUUGGUUGUAACUAAUAUAGGUUCCCUGCGAGCUGAGGAGCAAUCCAGAUUGG